AACACCGCACGGGACGACGAGGGAAAAAACUCGUCUUUCUAAUAAGUCAAACUUAUUAGGAAACACGAGGCAGUGAGGGGGAAAGAUCCUUCACAUUGGAGUGUUUGUGUGGUACACGACAAUAAUCUUGGUUAGGUAUUGUUUCUCUACGAAUGAAAGGUGUUCGUUCGUCCGACAAAGGAUAUAGGACAGAAUGCAGCAAUUCUGAAACAAAGGGGUUUGGAGUGUCGUUGUCUCUUCAGUGGAAAGACACGGGUCGUGAGGCUAAGGCCUUUCUGAAUGGGAAAGAUGGAACCAGAGGGACAGUGGUGGAAAAGCCAGCUGGCAGCAGACAUCCAUCAGGCUCUUCGGAUUAAGGAGCUGAAGCUGCCCACAUACCACGCCCAUUCACCGCAAAUCGGAAUGAGACGCUACUUUGCAGACCUCCUGGCCGUCCUCAGUAACCGCUACCAGCUGUGCCCCACUGCGCGUCACCUGGCAGUCUAUCUUCUCGACCUUUUUAUGGACCACUAUGAUGUGGCAGUGAGGCAACUCUACGUCAUAGCCCUCUCCUGCCUGCUCUUAGCCAGUAAAUUUGAGGAGAAGGAGGACAGAGUUCCCAAACUGGAGCAGCUGAACACUCUGGGCUUCAUGUGCAGUUUGAACCUCGCCCUCAACAAGCGUGACCUCAUUAAAAUGGAGCUUCUGUUGCUGGAGACCUUUGGCUGGAACCUGUGCAUGCCCACGCCCGCCCACUUCAUUGACUACUACCUCCACGCCGCUGUGCAGGAGGGAGACCUGCACAACGGCUGGCCCCUGACCUCGCUGUCCAAGACCAAAGCCUUCAUGGACAAGUACACACACUACUUCCUAGAAGUCUCCCUCCAAGACCAUGCCUUCCUGAGUUUCCGGCCCUCUCAGGUGGCUGCGGCCUGCGUUGCGGCCUCCCGCAUCUGCCUACAGAUCUCCCCCAGCUGGACCACGGUGCUACACUUGCUCACGGGCUAUUCCUGGGACCACCUGACUCAGUGCAUCCAGCUCAUGCUGCUUGCCCAUGACAACGAUGUGAAAGAAGCCAACAAAUCCAAGUCGUCCCCGUCGUCCGUCCAGGGUCUGCAGCCUCAGGCCCACGCCUCCCCCAGCGUGGCUGCCACGGUGCUCCAGAGGCAGCCCGCCUCAGGCUCCCAGCAGCUGCUGCUCGAGGCGGGUGGCUACGCGCAGCUCACCCAGCACUCCCCCGCCCUGUCCCAGCUGCACGUCCUGGCUGACUGCCAGGCCCUGGGCCCUGUGGCCUCGCGGGACUACCUUCAGCCACACCAGGCUGGCCUGCUCUCGGCCUCCUUACCGCCCGCCUCCUUUCCGUCGUUCCCCAGCCUGGCGUCGGGGCUUUGCGGCCUGCCCCUGCAGGGUCCCCUCUCCGUGCAGGUGGGCGUGGGGGCCGAGCCACGGCACUGCGUGGGCCUGGCCUACGGCACCGGUUACCUGGGCUCCCACCACAGCUUCACGGCCAGCUGCUUUGACAGGUGACGCCAGGACAGGGAGGACAGAGUGAACUUGGGUCGCCCGCUGUCCUCCGCUCUCCCUUCCUCCAGCGCACCCUCUGCCCUUGAAGGGCUUCGGCUCAGUCAGAGGCACAAACUUUCCAAACAGAAGACCAACAGACGUGCGGAUCCUGCAGAGGUCAUAGUGUUGACUUAGGUCAACAGGAGAGCCUGUUUUUUUUUUGUUUUCUUCCUCAUGUCCCUUGAUUUUAAUAUAUAGCUGCCUGUUUCUCCAGCUGAUAAGAAAGGACCUUCUGGGACAGACAGAUUUCCUAAGCAAAGCCUACAUUGAGAGAGAAAGGGGAGAAAGAAUGCCAGUAGUAAAAGAUAUGUUUAUUACACACUUAGCAUGUGGAGCAUUUUGUGUCCAUACAAAGCCUUAAGAAGAGAACCAGUGGAGAUCUAGACUCCAGAACUGCUUUUUUAAAACAAGGAGUUCUUGUAAUUUCACACUGGAGUUACUGUGUCGUCCUUUGAUGCUGCUGCCUUAAAAAUGAAACGAUGGCUUUAUGACCAAGAAACCUGUCUCCCUUCUGGUAUCGUUUACAGUGAGAAACCACAUAUCAGGGAUGCACAGAUUACUUGAAAGAAACGAUGCCAUUGAAACAGCUGAUGUUUGUAUGAAGUGGUUAAUUUCUUCUCUCUUUUAUUUUUUAAUGAGUCUGCUUUAAAGGUGUCUAUAAGGAAUGUUGCUGUUACACUGUGGUUGCCACUCUUGGCCCAGAGCCCUGUCCCUUUGGUUUUCCUGCAGGCAGAUGGAGUGGAAAUCCCCAGGGGACAGGGGCAUCUGUCCUCCUCUCUGUAGCUCAUACUGGUGGAAGCUGAGCUUUACAAGCUAUUUACCCAUGGGGGGGAAUCCCUUGAUUCAUGCAUGUUAAGCUCACUACAGCACAAAGAUGACUUGUCUUUUACCUCAUCCAUUUGGUCACUGUGGUCCAUUCAAAUUACCUCACAUGCCUGCUGUGACUUGGAUCUGUCAUGAUGGUUGGAAACAUUAUUUUUCAUAUUGAGUAAAAUAUAGGUUAUAAUAAGGUAUACUCGUGCAUCCUCGGCUGUGCUACUGAUUUGCUUUGUCUUUUUGGAGAGUUAUGGUUGUCCACACAUGGACAUCAGUGAAACUGAGAUGGGACACUUGGGUUGACACCUGAGAUUUUCUCUUCCAUUUCAUGGAACGUUACCAUUCCAAAUGCUUUCUUUUGUUUUAUGAAAAUGUCAGCAAGUGUUGCGUUCUUAAACAAAUUCUAAGUGAAGUAUGAUAUUCAUGAAGCAGACUCCAACGUUCAACCAUAAUUCAUAAGGGAUUGGUGCAUGAAACUAGAGAUUAGACUAACACUAACCCGACUCGGUCCAUUUCUCUCAGGUUUUGCAGGGAUGUCAACUGCACAAUAAAUAUGUUCUUAACCGGCAGCAAGACCAAAGUGUCUGCUUUGUCCUGCUAAAUGAUAAGCUUUUUGACCACUUUACAGGACUUGAUCAAAAUCAUCCUCUGAAAGUCCUGGACUUUGAACUACCUCAAUGUACACCAUUUAGUUUUGUUUGUGUUUUUUUUUUGGGGGGGGGUGCUACUGAUUUCUGCAGGACAUUUUAUUUCAGUACAGUCCUUCUGACUGGUCAUAAGGUUCAGUGUUUUAUUCCCUAAACAAUAUUCUUUCUUUCUUUCUUUCUUUCUUUUAUGUUGAAGUCCCAUGUUUUAUGUAGGUAGAUGCAUUGUGUUUACUGUAACGGAUACACGCACUGAUUCGUAUUUCAGUUCAUUGUAAAGUGAAGCCUCUGUGUGUGCAAUAUGUAACCAUUCGUUUUUUUUUUUUUGUUUGGUUUUUUUUUGUUACUUUUAAGCAUUUUUACAACUAGUUUAUUUUAGCAUUAGUGUUUUUUUAUAACAAGAUAUUAUUGCUGAAAGGCAGUGAUUUUUAUUUUCCACCAAGAAAAUGUUGCACAUUGCAACCAAUGUCUCCUAAAUCUCUAGAAAUUUAGUAGACUUUUGAGUAUUGAUAGAGCUCAUUCCGUGGUCUAUGGUUUUAUUUAAAAGCCUCAAUUUGUGCAGAAGAGAGAUACCUGUGUUGAGGGGGGGGGGGGAUAACAACAUGUAAUUUGGAUGUAAAUCCUGGAAAAAAAUAAAAUGAGCAUACAUGUAGUAGAAAUGUCCAUGUUAUGGCACUAUGCUAUUGUGAAUACUGAAAGUGGCUAAUUUGCAUAGCUCAGUGGUUGUUUUAAUAUGAAU